GAUGCGGUGAAUAAUCGCCCUCCAUUUAUAAUUCUUAUGGCACAGUGGCGUUCGGGAUCAACUCUGCUGGGAGAGCUUCUGAAUCAAAAAUCAAGAGCUGUUUUACAUGUUUGAAUCCCUCUGGCCAGCUGCUACAUUACGGGAAUUAAGAAACAUUUCACGUGGCACGAUUGCAAGCAAGGAAAUAUCCAGAGAUAUACUUCGUGGUUUCGCAAAGUGUGACUUUGCAACGGACUAUGUGAAGAUUUAUCGGCGAUGGGGUGGUUCUUGCUCGAAUGAAAAUCUUUGUCACGGGAAUAGUACUUCGUGCAGGAUGCAUUCAGUAGAAGAACUGGAUAACUUUUGUAAAUCAUUCCAAGGUAGACUGGCAACGAAGAUUAUUCAUGCAGAUCUAGAGCUGUUGAAGCCUCUGGUUACUGAUGAUGGAAUCAAUCUUAAAAUCAUUCAUCUGGUACGUGAUCCCCGUGGAACUGCUGCAUCUAGGAUUAAUUACCUGAAGGCUUAUUACAGGGAAAUUAUGAAUAUAUUACAACGUAUCCCUCCUGCAUCAGACCGUCUUAAACCACUUGGUCUCCUUCAUGACGUCCCAAAGGAGAUGCUUCAAUUUCAGGAAAUCAGGGAAAACAAUCCCACAGUGCAAGGAUUGUGCAAUUGGAUAAGAGAAAACACCAAACUCUCACCGGACUUGUUGCCGGAAUGGUUGCGAGGGCGGUACCAUCUUGUCAAGUAUGAGGACUUCGCUCUGGCCCCUGUACAUGAAUCCCAAAGGAUCUACGAUUUUAUAGGGAUGCCAUUCACAACACAUCUCAAACACUUUAUCAACAACAUAACUCACCCCAAAUCCAGUAACCCGUAUAUAUUUUCAACUUCGAAGAAUGCCCAAGCAACAGCCAAUAAAUGGAAAAAGUACCUGACACUCCAGGAAAGAAGUCAAAUUACAAAAGAAUGUUUGGAUGUCCUUCGGUUCCUUGGGUACGAACCAAAUAACACCAGUGCAACUCCUCAGAGUUCUUAGUCAUAUGCAAAGGGGAAUAAUGGUCAACCGUCUCAUCAACAAAUUUCAAUUAAGUUGAAAUAAUUGAUUUAUGGACUUUAGUGAAAUGUCCCAUUUCAUAUAUCAGACCGGAAUAUU